AUGGAUCUGGGUUCGCUACAAAGAUGUUUGGGGACGUUUUGUGGUCGUAUCAGCAACCGUACUGAAUGCAGUGCGUGUUCCUGGGGCACACGAGUCACAGAUAAACCGGAAAGUCCCCUCAGUCAGUGCGAACCAUGCUUAUCGUCACCGGAUUUUCAUGGCUGGUUAUAUCUGAGUUUUAUCGCUCUAUUGCCUGUUAUACUGUUCUUCUUGUUGCCAUCCAACGGUCGCACUGGUUCAACUGUUCCGGUCGCACGUCGCAGCAUCCGACCUCUGUCUAAAUCCGGGUCCGCUAACCAUGAGUCUGUUACCAGUUCAGCGGUAUCUUCGUUACCCGAGACGAUGCGUUCCAGUCGUUGUGUUCAUCGAGCAUUCAUCCUGCCCCUUACCUGUCUGCUAAUCCAUGUGAUCACGGCCCUCAUUUCCCUGCUCAUAUUCUCUCCGUUGGGUUCAGUCAAUGUGUAUUCGUGUAUUCCACAAAGUUUAGACGAAUUCUACGCGGUUCUAGUCGCUGCACCAGGUUGUUCUUACGAAGUGGUUUUCCCGUUCAUCUCACUUCCUCUAACCUACUACGGUUUGAGCGCUUUAUUUUGUCUUCUAGUGUACUCAGCCGUUCUUUGUUGUGUCUAUCGAGAAAAGGCAUGGCAACGAGUCACUUAUCACGCCCUGUACACAUAUCCUAUCCUGUGCGUGCUCAUCUGUGUCUUUGGCGGUCUGCUCUACUUCUCCUUCCCGUAUGUUCUUCUUCUGCUCGCCUUAAUUCAUUCGGUCUAUCGAUUCCCCGUUCUGUUCGACUAUUGUGUGCAACCGGCCGAUGGUACUCUACUCCCCUUGUGCAACCCGGGCAUGCUCUGUCGUGCCCUAAUCACCAAUGCCGGACGCUAUCUGCCCACCUUGUUGGUGAGCAUGUUUUGCUACGCCUAUGGUCUGAUCGCUCUCACUCAUUCCAUAUCGGUGUGGGCGGUUCUACUCACCCCAUUCCCGUUCUUGUUCUAUGCGAUUACUUUACCAUUCACGCAUCCGUUUGUUGCAUUCGAUGGAGAUUACGCAUUCAGUUUGGCUACCACACGAUGUCCUCCAGAUCGAUCUAUGUCGCGCACCGGGUUGGGUGUUUGUCGAUCCUCGGGGAAAACCAGGACCAGUAGAGAGGAGGACCCGGGAGAUGUGCGCACGGAACGCGUCAUCUAG